GUCGCUCUCAGUUGUCGGUGAGGCCGGCGGGGCGGAUCCCAUAGUAAAUUAGAAGAUAAAAUAGAAGCAACACAAUCAACGCUUCGGCUUAUUUACCUCUCACCGAUUUGUUUUCUCCCUUGUGGACAUAUUGCGCAUAAAGAUGCCCUCUGCAACAAAUGGCACCAGGACUGUGAAGUCUGCCAGCCCAGACUUGGGAUCCGCUCCCGGAUCAAUGAACCAAACAACAGCCAGCAACCAGCUGACUGGAACCCAAUCAGAAGCCAUGAAGCAGGUGCUGGUGGUUCUUGAAAAGAAAGUCCGCAAUAUGGAGAAGAAAAAGAGCAAGCUUGAUGACUACCAGGCCAGGAACAGCAAAGGAGAACGUCUCAACCAGGACCAGCUGGAAGCCCUGACUAAGUACCAGGAAGUAACCAAUAAUCUUGAGUUUGCACGGGAGCUGCAGAAGAGCUUUUUGGCAUUGGGUCAAGAAAUCCAGAAGACUGUAAAGAAAGCGGUGCGACGGGAACAGCUCCAGCGAGAGGAGGUGGAGCAGAAAAGGCUGAAGAGGGUUUUGGAGCUGCAGUUCCUCCUCGACCGACUUGGGGAAGAGAAUGUGCGGCUGGAGCUGUUGCAAGGAGCUGAAGGUCCCUCACUGCUGACUGGGAGUGACCUAACUGCCUUGGAUGAGUUUUACAAGCUGGUGGGGCCUGAACGUGACCAAACCAUCAGGUUAACUGACCAGUAUCAGGAAGCAUCACAGCACUUAUGGGAACUCUUGGAGGGGAAGGACAAGCCCAUAGCUGGAACAACGUAUAAAGCACUGAAUGAGACACUGGAGCGUGUUCUGCAGAGUGGCUACUUUGACAGAGUGCCAUCUCAUCAAAACGGAGUUUGUGCAGAAGAAGAGAAGCAGACAGCUGUAGUCGAAGUGUCUGAAGCAGAGGAGCACCACUCAGACACUGUGGGUGAAAUUAUGGAAGAAUGCAUAGAACCCAUUCCUAUUGAGCCAACAGAGUUUGUAAAUAGGCAGUUUGUUUCAGAGAGCCCCUACAGUAGUGGAGACAAGGAGCAUGGAGAGGAAUGGAGUGCAGAAACGGAGGUGGUUAACUCCAUGCAGCAGCCAGUUCAGAUGGCUCCCUCCCCUGUUGUCUCAGAGCCCCACCCACUGAGAACGUUGACUCCCACACCCCCUUCAGACCCUGUGGUUAGAAAGCAGGUGGUUCAGGAUCUCAUGGCACAGAUGCAGGGACCGUACAACUUCAUGCAGGAAUCCAUGCUUGAUUUUGACGGCCAGUCCCUUGAUCCGGCUAUUGUAUCCGCACAACCUAUGAAGCCAGCAGCAAUUAUGGACAUGCCUUCGAUGGUGUGUCAACCAACUCACCCAGAAUCUCAUUUUACACAGCCUCCUGCAGUUGCCAUUCAGCCUGAACCCUCACAAAUCCCCAUAGUCUCUCCAUCACCAGAAACCUUCACACCGCCACCAAUGUACCAGUCCUCUCACACAGCUGAUACUCUACCACAGACCGAAUCCAUUGAUGAUAUGCAGGCCUCCAUGUCCCUGACAGAGCAGCCCCCUCCAUCUACUGCUCUUUCUCCUGCUUCACAGUCACCAGUGUUCCAGUCCAGCCCCAAACCCUUGCACGGCAGCGGCAUCAACGUUAACGCAGCCCCAUUCCAGUCAAUGCAAACGGUAUUCAACCUCAAUGCGCCUGUCCCACCAUCUAAUGACACUGACUCGGUGAAGCAGGGCAGCCAGUACCAGAGUAGCUAUAGCCAGGGUUUUAAUAACCAGACGCAGCACCCUGUGGAGCAAACAGACAUGCCACCGGAUCAGUCUGUGGUUGGUGCCUUUCAUUCUCCAGACCAGUCGCUUCCAAACUCCACUGGCCACCAGCCCAUGUCCCAGCAGCCAAAUGGCCAGGGAAAUGGAUUCGGCCGCCAGACUCAGUCCUUCUACAACAGCAGAGCCAUGUCUCGUGGUGGCCCACGAAACUUGCGUGGUGUGAUGAAUGGCUACAGAGGACCAUCCAAUGGUUUCAGAGGGGGAUAUGAUGGUUAUCGUCCACCUUUCUCCAACUCUGCAAAUUCUGGAUAUGGACAAACCCAGUUUAGUGCUCCACGGGACUAUUCCAACAGCAACUAUCAACGGGAUGGUUACCAGCCGAACUAUAAACGUGGUGCUGGACAAGGUACUCGUGGGGCCCCUCGAGGAAACGCCUCAGCCAUGCGGUCUUGAGCCUUGUAAACAGACCUUACAUCCUGGACCACACUGAACAUUGAAAUACUGAAGUGCAUAUCCCAAAUUUUUUUCUUCCCGGAAUUGAUCUGACAUAAUAAGAGGAAAUGGUUCACUGAUUCUGAGUGCAAGCUGAAAACUGUCAAGAUUUUAAAAGCUACCCUGUGUUUCUUACAGAUUCCUGUAAACUUGAAAUAUUUCAUUAAUUUAUUUUUUUUGUACAAAAUAAAGCUCAAAUACGCUCCAAAGCUGGUCCAAUACUGGGAGUUCUCUUUCUGUCCUACUGGUUUUGUUCACAUUAACUCAUUUGGUUUCUAAAAGAAAUUUACAUUUUUUUUUUUUUUUGGUACAUUUUUAAAGAUUUUCCCUCAGUUUGUAAAGUGAUGUUGCUUCAAGAGUUUCAAUAAAGAUGUUGCAUUACCCUUUUCUGCUGCAGUUCCUGUG